UAUGUAAUAAUCAUAAUCAACUCAUACAGCCCCCAUUUAAUCUGCUAGUUACACUGUGACUCUUCUCAAAAAGUAACUUAAGUGUAAUUGAAUUUAUAAAUUUUAGAAUUGGAAGAAAGUAAAACUAUAGAAGGUGUUUCUGUUGGAUUAGAUGGAAAUAGCUUAUACUCAUGGAAUAUUAGCUUUGCAGGUCCUUCAGACACUUUAUAUGAAGGUGGAUAUUUUUAGGCUUUAAUGAAAUUUCCAGAUGAUUAUCCAAAUUCACCACCAACUUUUAAAUUCUUAACAGAGAUGUGGCAUCCUAAUAGUAUUUAAUUAUCAUUAAAAUUAGUUUAUACUGAUGGAAGAGUUUGUAUAUCAAUUUUACAUGCAUAAGAUGAAUUUAAUGACUAAGAACCUCCAGAAACAAGGUAUUAUUUAAAAUAAUAAUCUUAGAUGGAGACCUAUUCUUACACCAGAAGAUGUUUUAAUUUCUAUAGUUUCAAUGUUGUCUGAACCAAAUAUUAAUUCACCAGCAAAUGUUGAUGCAGGAAUAUAAUUUAGAGAUAGACCUGAUGAAUAUAAAAAAAAAGUGAGAAAAUUAAUAGAUAAAGCAUUAGAAAAUUUGUGAC